AUGAGUGUCGGAAGCAGUGGCCGUCCGAACCCUCUCGUGUUCGUAGCCGUCUUCUUCAUGUUCCUGUUGAUGACGGGAACAUGGGAUUUGCUCUUCAGUCACCACGACGGCACGGCGGCACCCUCGAGUGGCGAUGACCGCCCUCGCGCCGGAAUCCAGCUCACCAGCCAGCGCAUCUCAGACCUCGACGCAGAACCCCUCUCAUACGAAGCUCCCGAAGCCGUGAAGCCGCCUCCGCCGCCUCCUCCUCCCCCAGCGCCCAAAUACACCGCCCUCCUCGUCGAGACCGACCCGGCCCACGUGCCCAACAUCGUGCCCAUCAUGAUGCACUUCGCAUCCGUCAUCGGCCCGGACUGGCCCAUCUCCUUCGUCACGGACUGGGAAAACUACGCCGCCUGGGAGGCGCCCCCGGCCUUCCGCCGCGCCGUCGACGCCAACCAGAUCAUCGUCAAGUUCCUCCCGCCCAACACCACCUUCCCGACGCACGAGUCCGUCUCCGCCUUCCUCGUCGGCACCUGGCUGUGGGAGCAGCUUCAGUCCUACGCGCGCGUGCUCAUGUUCCAGGUCGACAGCAUCGUCUGCGCCAAUUCCGCGCACCGUCUCGAGGACUUCCUAGAGUGGGACCUCAUCGGCGCGCCCAUCCGCCCCGGCUUCGGGUUCGGGUACAACGGCGGCCUGUCGCUGCGCAACCCGAGCAUGCUGCUUGAGAUCGCGCGCGACCUCGAGGCGAGGGUGGCCAAGGACCCGGCCGCGGCGGGCGAGGUGAACUACGAGGACCAGUGGUUCUACCACAAGGUCAAGGAGAGGGGCGGGAAGGUGCCGGAGGCGGAGGUCGCGGGCAAGUUCUCGGUCGAGACGUACUAUUUCGAGAAGCCGCUGGGGUAUCACCAGGUGCAGAAGUUUCAGCAGGACCACCAGGAGGAUAUCGACAUGUGA